AUGGCCCGCCGCCUUCUCCAUCGUAGCCUCAGAUAUUCCUCCUCCGCCGCGGACAUGGUCGUCUCCUCCAUCCGCCUCCUCUCCGCCACUAACCCUAGCAAAUCAGCCCCAGCCCCCGCUCCCCUUCAGCCAAUUAACCGCAAUCUCGAUCCAGGAGCAGCUCCUCCCCAUCCUCCUCCUACCACCACCCUCCUGUCCCCGGCGGACCGCCUCCGCGGGGUCUUCCUCCAGAAGCCCCCCGGCCGCGCCGCCCUCCACCGAGCCCUCUCCUCCACGGGCAUCGACGCCCUCUCCCCCGAGGUUCUCUCCGACGUGGUCGGCCGCGGCAACCUCAGCGGCUCCGCCACCGUCGACCUCCUCGACUGGGCCAUCUCCAACGCCAAGCUCCCCUCCUCCGUACACAGCUGCAACAUUGUCAUCAGGGCUCUGGGCAGGAGGAGGUUUUUCGCCUUUUUCGAGCCUGCCCUGGAGGUAAUGCGGAAAAAUGGCAUCUUUCCAGACCUAACCACGCUGCAGAUAAUCAUGGAUACUCUGGUUGCCGCCAGGCAGGUCAACAAGGCCGUCCAACUGCUCGAGAGCGACCAAUUUGGGUUAGGAAUCGAGCAAACUUGCCACAGAAAGGAGGCAUUCUCUGCUCUCAUCGAAUGCCUCUGCCGAAGGUCACAUGUCGGCAUUGCCAGCUCGCUCGUACACGCCGCCCGUGGACAACCAUUCAAUCUUGAUAAACAAGUGUACAAUGACGUGCUUGGCGGUUGGGCGAGGUUUGGGCGGGUUGAUAAGCUGGAGCAUUUCUGGGCAAUGAUGAUGGAGGAUGGUCUAGUGCCGGAUGAUGUUUCACAUUGCCAUCUCAUUGAGGCAUUGGGAAGGGCAGGGCAGGCCGAGGAGGCGCUCAGGGUGUUCGAGAAAAUGGUGCAAGAGGGAUAUGGUCCAACUACGAUGGCCUACAAUGCACUUGUUUUCAAUUUUAUCUCAGUGGGCGAUUUGGACAGGUCCAUGAAGUACUACAAGGAUAUGGUGGACAAUAAUUGUCCUCCAAACAGUGACACAUACUGUAAGAUGAUUAGAGCCCAUCUGAAAGCACGCAGGGUGGCUGAUGCACUUCAAAUGUUUGAUGACAUGUUGGCUCAAGGUAUUCUGCCAGAUACAGGGGUAAUUACAUCAUUCAUUGAGCCACUUUGCACGUUUGGGCCUCCUCAUGCUGCCUUGAUGAUCUACCAAAAGAGUAGGAAGGCUGGCUGUACGAUAUCCUUGAAAGUAUACAAGCUUCUCCUUGAAAGGCUUGCCGGGUUUGGGAAAAGCGGGACAGUGUUGAACAUUUGGGAGGAGAUGCAAGAGAGCGGGUAUCCAUCCGAUAAAGAAAUUUACGAGUUUAUUGUAAAUGGGCUUUGCAAUGUGGGUAAGGUUGAUGCUGCUGUUUCCGUGGUGGAGGAAUCACUUAGGAAAGGCUUCUGUCUAGGGAGAGUUGUUUAUAGCAAACUGAACGACAGGCUACUGGAGAUGGACAAAGUGGAGACUGCAUACAAUUUGUCAAAGAAAAUCAAACAUGGGCGCACAAUUGCUAAUUCACGCAACUAUUGUCGUGCUAAUGUUCCAUAUGGGUUUAAAAGUACCCUCAUUUGCAUUCUGCGGAAAAUUUGGCAAAGGCUGCUGAUUACAAUGAAGAUGCAAUCAUGGAUUCAGGAGAUAACUGCCAAGAACUGUUGCUAUCAGGUAUGA